AUGGCCCCUGUAUGGACAGCAGGAGUUUGGACACUAUUGGCAGCAGUCACUCUUCUUAGCUGCAAUAUUUUUACCUGGUGUGAGGCCUCAAGGACUAGUGGCACAACUUCUGGAGGACAAGAACAGGAACAAGGACCCUCGUCACUUGAACGAGUAAAGAGAGGAUGGGUGUGGAAUCAAUUCUUUGUGGUGGAGGAGUAUACAGGAACAGAGCCGCUGUAUGUAGGAAAGAUCCAUACAGACUCUGACGAAGGUGAGGGCAACAUAAAGUACACUAUCUCUGGAGAAGGAGCCGGAUCCAUCUUCAUCAUUGACGAGCUUAAGGGAGACAUACACGCCACCAAGAGACUAGACCGAGAGGAGAAGGCUUUUUACACUCUUCGAGCUCAGGCCCGGGACCGGCUCUCUAAUGACCCCCUCGAACCAGAGUCAGAGUUUGUCAUCAAGGUCCAGGACAUCAAUGACAGUGAGCCCAAGUUCUUGGAAGGUCCCUAUAUUGGCAGCGUGGCAGAGUUGUCACCCAUAGGAACGUCAGUCAUGAAGGUUACUGCAUCUGAUGCUGACGACCCAACUUAUGGUAGCAGUGCCAGAGUGGUGUAUAGUGUACUGGAUGGAGAAAAGUUUUUCACUGUUGAUAAAUACACAGGAAUCAUCAUGACGGCAGUGGCAGAUUUGGACCGUGAGACACAGGAUCGUUAUGAGUUGGUCGUCAAGGCAACAGACAUGGCAGGACAAAUGGGUGGUCUCUCUGGCUCCACCACAGUGACCAUAGUGAUCACAGACGUUAAUGACAACCCACCACGAUUUCCACAGAAAAUGUACCAGGUUUCAGUGUCAGAGGGGGCUGCUGUUGGGACACCAGUUGGACGUGUCAUUGCCACAGAUGCGGACAUGGGAGAGAACACAGACAUGAGCUAUCUGAUCACAGAUGGAGGGGAGCUCUUCAAAGUCACUACUGAUGUAGAGACCCAGGAAGCUGUUGUUUCCAUCAAGAAGCCACUCGACUUUGAGAACAAGCGGACACACAAUGUUGUUGUAGAGGCAGUUAAUAAGCAUGUCGACCCUCGCUUUGUGGACCUGGGCUCUUUCUGUGACCAGACCAUUGUCCUGGUGAGCGUGUCGGACGUAGAUGAACCACCCAUCUUUCAGCCAGCAGAUGGCACUGUCAUGGAAGUCCAGGAGGAUGCCAAAGUAGGGGCCCUAGUUGGCAUCGUUACUGCAAGGGAUCCGGAUGUGAAGAAUAAACCUGUGAGGUUCUCCAUCGAUCGGACCACAGACCAGGAGAUGAUCUUUCAUAUUGAUCCUGACUCGGGCGCCAUCACGCUGGGAAAAAUUUUGGAUAGAGAGACUGCAGGCUGGCACAAUAUCACUGUGAAGGCUGUAGAAGCAGAUAACCACACAAUGGCAUCCCAAACAUCAGUGAGUAUUCGGAUACUUGAUGUCAAUGACAAUCCUCCUGAACUGGCCACGCCAUAUGAAGCCUCUAUAUGUGAAGAUGCCAAGCCAGGCCAGUUAAUUCACACCAUCAGUGUGGUAGAUAGAGAUGAGCCACAAUCUGGACAUCGUUUCUACUUCACCCUUGCCCCGGAAGCCUCCAGCAAUCGGUACUUCACCCUGUGGGAUUUGAAAGACAACACAGCUGGCAUCCGUACUCAGCGGUCAGGCUUUAACCGCCAUGAGCAGAAUGUGUACUUCCUGCCUAUUCUAGUAGUUGACAGUGGGCCUCCCUCCCUCAGCUCCACAGGCACCCUGACCAUUCACGUUUGUGGCUGCGACACAGAGGGAGCCAUCCAGUCCUGCAAUGCCACAGCCUAUGUAAUGAGUGCAGCUCUCAGUCCCGGGGCACUUAUAGCACUACUCGUCUGUAUGCUUAUACUCAUAGUUCUCGUUUUGCUGAUUCUAACCCUCAAACGCCACAGGAAGGGCCAGAGGAUGGCAGAGGACGAGGAGGACAUGAGGGAUAACGUCAUCAAGUACAAUGAUGAGGGUGGAGGGGAGCAGGACACUCAGGCAUAUGACAUGAGUGCUCUGAGGAACCUCUAUGACUUUCCAGAGGCCAAGAGCUGUGACUCUGGCCCAGACAUCCACUCACUGCCACAGUGGAUACAAGCUAACCGAGUGGGUGGUGGUGCAGAGGCAGCUGCUGUGGCAGCAACAGACUUCUCCCUUUUCAAAGGCUACAUACGAAAGAAGGUGGAGCAGGCUGAUGCUGACCUGUCAGUGCCACCGUAUGACUCCUUCCAGACGUACGCCUUUGAGGGCACCAGUUCACCGGCGCUUUCACUAAGCUCCAUUCAUACACUGUCCACCACCUCAGAACAGGAUUUCUCCUACCUCAGCGAAUGGGGACCACGCUUCAGGCAACUGGCAGGCUACUAUGCUCCAGGAAACCCUGAGGAGGAAAGGUCCUAGCACAGCUUCUUCUCAGCAGAGACACAUUUAAACACCCUCUUCUUCCUCCUACUUAUCUCUCCUCUUCUCACCCUCUGGCAGGCUACUGAGAUCAGAGCCAGUCUGUGUACUCAUUAAAGUCAGAGUACCACCUCUUUAUCUCUUUAGCAAAAUUCCCAGUCUUAGACUUUGAACUCCUUUGAGAAAACUUUGAGGGUUUUUUUUAAACACUUGUUUGGGUUUUUUUUGUGUGUGUGUGUGUGUAUGUGUGAGUUUUCGGAAUAAAAUUCAAAAGCUCUAGUGAUGAUAUGAAAAAAGGAAGAGAAUGAGGAAUAUCUAAAAUUGCUAUUUAGACAUGUGCAAAGGGUGUUUCUCUCACAAAGUAACAACAUUUAUUUUAAGGGAAGAAACUGAGUGUCAACAUUACAUAGGUAGGGUUAAAUGCCAAGGCAAACUGCCAUGUAUUUAUUUGAUGCAGAACUAUUUAUGUAUUUAUUUGUUUUUAUGUAUUUAUUUAUUUAUUUAUACCACGCUCAGUAUGAUACCUGCAAGAGUGAACUCUGCUGAAGUGAUAUUGAAAAAGUGGAGGAAAAAGGACAUUAUCAAACAAGCAAGAGCCAACAUGGAAGAAAGAAGAACUGCAUUAACAGGGGACUCCACACAACAAUGGUGAGGAGGCGACAUCUGGGUCAUAUAAAAUUACAUUCUGAAAAAUAUUUGUAUUUAUUUUCUAUGACCACUUUUGUAAAAUAAUAACCAACUUCAAACAGAUAUAUGAAAAGCAAAGGAAAAUAGAACAGAGGGAACACACUGAAUAAUAGA